CAUCUUGUCAUAACCCAACGCAUCAGCACCCUAGCCUAUAUCAACAUGUUCCUCAUUCAAUCGGCCUGCAGCUUUCUGGUUCUGGCUUCAAUAGCUAGUUGUACCUCCGUCUGUCACUACAAACCCUCAAUCAAUGCCACAGCCUGGAAUUACCCCGACUCUGCCGGCAACCCAACAGCGGGGAAAUAUCCUUACUACCUCAACGCUCUCUCAAAUGUGCCCGUGGCCAACAUCUGCAACUCUGGCAACGGCACCGAAGAACUAGCCUGCGCUCGAAAAUACAUCGACGCCAUCGACGAACAGCUGGCAUUCCUGUACUCCCGCCGUCUCGGAUACGCAGCUGUGGCAGGAUACUCCAAGUUCAGAGCUGGCAAUAGUCUCAACGACCCCAGCAGAAACAAGGUCGUGGCGGACGGCAUGGCGCAGCGAGUUCUGAAGUAUGGGGGAAGUCAGGACGCGGGGAGAGUCAUGGGAGGAGAAGGCUGUCAGAUUUAUGCCAGCUUGGAGUUUGAGAAGAGCAGCAUUCAGCAAGCUUGCGAUCCGAACUUCAACGAAGAUAUUGAGAGACUGUGUAACUGAGUGGACAAGGAGUUCUUUGUGGACGAAUAUCUAGGUCUAACGAAUAAGAGAAAUGCAACCUCUUGGAGA